UUGUGGUUGUCCAGCUGUAUAGUGAUUCUGCAGGUAACAUUGCCGCUGACCAUUCCGCGAGUUGAACAAAAUACACGUUUUUUUUUCACUCGUAUAGGUGUUCCUUGCAGAGCUUGCAAAACUCGUUGGUGUGCUGCUGAUCGCUAACCAACACCGAUCACAACCAGUGAGAUCUUUGUCGCGAUCGGACGCGUAUUUCUGCGCUCUCUGUCUCGGUCGGUGUCCAAUUGGCAUUGGCUUUCCGCAGUCAGCUACGGACGGUGCCGUGUGGCGUGUCAAAAGUUAGUGCGAAGCGAAACUUUCACUUCCAAAAUUGUCCGAUUGCUACGUGUGAAUUUUUUUUUUGGAAGAUUGCUGCAGCUAACGUUGGCGUUAUCGCGGAAAACUGUAUCUUCCUAUCUAUCCACUGUUGUAGCAUCUUGAAAGGGCAACGAUCUUGCCUUGAUCAGUGUUCUGAUCUAGUGUUAAGGGAAAGAACCGUAUGGGAUUCAACGUGACCUCGAUUGAUUUGACCAGCAGCAAAUCCGUGUUAAUCUUUGCCCUGUUGUGUGAUAAGAGAAAGUGUUCGCUCUAUACAAGCAGUGGAGAUAGAAAAUAAAAUGAUUCGCAAGUAGGUAAUCGAUCCCGAUUGCGACUCGGAGGAGGAAUAGGAGGAUAGGAGGAAUCCAAUCGAGGGAGAGAGCAAGAAAACAAGUGCGUGCCAAAUAAAGUAUUUUCGCUGUGCGGUGAAUGUUGGGAAACCUCGGCGGGCUUCAGUAACCGAAAGACGAAGUGUGCGAUAAAAUAUCAAGUUGCCUGUGGCCUACUUAUCCGUGAUUGUGUUUUGGUGAGCUUUGGUGUGGUGCGUUCGCGUUGAAGAAGCUACAUAACUGCAUCUACCGAUCCGAGGUUGCAAAUCGAAAGCAUGGAAUCUCUCAAAAAUAGAGACACGACUACCAAAACAGAAAUGGCCACGGCGACCAGUGCGGCUGCUACGGCCGCUGCUGCCACCGCCAAGGCCGAGGCUGCUAGGAAAAACUUGGAUUUCAUUACGAAGAAUCUGCUGGCUGGUGGUAUCGCAGGAAUGUGCUCCAAGACAGCCGUUGCCCCGCUGGAUCGGAUAAAGAUUCUCCUGCAGGCUCACUCGGUCCAUUACAAGCACCUGGGGGUGUUCAGUGGGCUGAAACACAUCGUCAAAAAGGAAUCCUUUUUCGCACUGUACAAGGGAAACGGGGCCCAGAUGGUGCGGAUAUUCCCCUACGCUGCGACACAGUUUACGGCGUUCGAGAUCUACAAGAAGUAUUUAGGAAAAAUACUAGGACCCAGUUUGCCGAUUAAACAUUCGGACAAAUUCGUCGCCGGUGCUGGUGCUGGAGUGACUGCCGUCACACUUACCUACCCGCUGGACACAAUCCGUGCCCGGUUAGCAUUCCAAGUGACAGGAGAACAUCGCUACAAUGGUAUCGUUCAUACAGCCGUUUCUAUCUUUAGGACUGAAGGUGGCAUCCGAGCGCUGUACCGAGGCUUCGCACCCACACUGAUGGGUAUGGUGCCGUACGCCGGCUUUUCCUUCUACUGUUUCGAGAUGCUCAAGUUCGUAUGUAUGAAGUACGCUCCGGCUGUCACGUGCGCUCCAUGCAAAAGAAACACAGGUGGCCUAGUACUGUCCGUUCCGGCCAAACUCCUGUGCGGUGGAUUUGCCGGUGCAGUAGCGCAAUCUUUCUCCUACCCCUUGGACGUCACCAGACGGCGGAUGCAGCUUGCCAUGAUGAACCCGGAAACGGCUAAGUUUGGCAUGGGAAUGUUCCGUACUUUGGCUAUCAUCUACAAGGAGAAUGGCGUCAUCAAGGGCCUCUACCGGGGCAUGUCGAUCAACUACUUGCGCGCGAUUCCAAUGGUAGCGGUUUCCUUCAGUACCUACGAAGUGAUGAAGCAGGCGCUUAACCUGGACACGGGGAUGAAGGUUUAGGACUACUGGAGUGCUGGCGUAUGUGUGUGUGAACGUGAGCAUAACGAAUGCAAUCAGUGCAGGAUUCAGAAAGAGAGCUUCCGGGAGUGCAUUUUAGCAGGUACAGUUAGGGUUUUAGGAAGGAAAGCUAAAGUUAGCUUUGAACCAAGACAAAAAAAAUGACAAAGUUUAUAAACCUUAUCGGUCUUCCUGUUACAAGUUAGUCAAAAAAGCAUGUUUUGUUUUUUUGCAUUUAGAUGCUUGUUAGGGGCCUUACUCCCAUUUCAAUAUUUUAUUCCUGUCCGAUAGACUAUUUAUUUUAUCGUUUGUUUUACAUUUGGACUAGUUCAAUUUACACAAUAAAAAAAAUCACAUUCUCCUCAACCUGUAGUGUUAGUCAAAAUGGUGUAGGCACUAUCCUAAGAUACAUAAUAGAAAAGUACUUAAAAUUCGUUUUUAGCUUUCUUAACGAAGAAUAGGUAGAAAUAAUACAUGAAGAAAAAAACUAGAUUGGCACGAACUCUCCUGCCUUUAUCGGUUUUGUGUCGAUUAAGGUAUCAAUUGGAGAUAUCACUAUUUUCAUUCUCAUCGUGCUCGAACACGUCAGUGACUUGAAUUGAUUUUAUAGUUCUUUUCGCCAUGGCGAACAAAUUUAGCCUGUAUAUAGACUUUUGCAAACAGAUGAAAUAAAACAGCAACUCUAUAUUUUUCGUUA